AUGUUGAACAAGAUCAUUCUACUGUUGUCUCUUCAGAUAAGUCUCCUAGGAACCACUUUUGGCGGGAAUGUUCUGAUUUGGCCAAUGGAAGGUAGUCAUUGGCUAAAUGUUAAGAUAAUUAUAGAUGAGCUGAUUAAAAAAGGGCAUAACGUGACCGUUCUAGUUGCUUCUGGUGCACUUUUCAUCACACCGACCACCAGCCCAUCUCUGAUAUUUGAAAUAUAUGAGGUACCCUUUGGCAAAGAAAGAGUAGAAGGAGUGAUUAAGGACUUUAUUUUGACCUGGAUGGAACACAGACCGUCUCCUUUAACCAUCUGGAGAUUCUAUCAAGAGAUGGCCAAAGUCAUGAAGGACUUCCACAUGGUGUCCAGAGAAAUCUGUGACGGUGUUCUCAAGAAUGAAAAGCUAAUGGAAAAGCUGAAGAAAAGCAAAUUCGAGGUCUUGGUGUCAGAUCCAGUCUUUCCUUGUGGUGAUAUAAUAGCUUUAAAAUUGGGAAUACCAUUUAUCUACUCCUUGAGGUUUUCUCCAGCCUCAACAGUGGAAAAACACUGUGGGAAGGUACCAUACCCUCCUUCCUAUGUUCCUGCUAUUUUAUCAGAACUCACCGACCAGAUGUCUUUCACUGACAGAGUAAGAAAUUUCAUUUCCUACCAUCUACAGGACUAUAUGUUUAACACUCUGUGGCAAUCGUGGGAUUCCUACUAUAGUAACGCUUUGGGUAUCCAUUGGUUAAAUAUUAAGAUGAUUUUAGAAGAGUUGAAUCAAAGAAAUCACAAUGUGACUGUACUAGCUUCAUCAGCGACUCUAUUCAUCAACUCCAAUUCUGACUCUCCUGUGAAUUUUGAGGUGAUACCUGUUUCCUACAAGAAGAGCAAUAUAGAUUCCUUAAUUGAACAUAUGAUAAUGCUGUGGAUAGACCACAGACCGACUCCUCUCACACUCUGGGCUUUCUACAAAGAACUAGGAAAACUCCUAGAUACUUUCUUCCGAAUUAAUAUACAAAUCUGUGAUGGAGUAUUAAACAACCCCAAGUUAAUGGCAAGACUUCGGAAAAGUCGUUUUGAUGUGUUGCUGGCCGACCCAGUAACAAUCUGCGGAGAUCUGGUUGCUCUGAAAUUAGGAAUUCCAUUUAUGUACACCCUGAGGUUCUCCCCAGCAUCAACAGUGGAGAGACACUGCGGAAAAAUUCCAGCACCUGUGUCCUAUGUACCCGCAGCCCUUUCCGAGCUCACGGACCAGAUGACCUUUGGUGAAAGGCUUAAAAAUACCAUAUCUUAUCCCCUGCAAGACUAUAUAUUUCAAUCCUACUGGGGUGAGUGGAAUUCAUACUACAGCAAAGUCCUAGAUUUAAAACUUAUCUGUGAGAGUGUAGUCUACAACCAGACAAUCAUGAAGAAACUCCAGGACACCAACUAUAAAGUUAUGGUUAUAGACCCUGUGACGCCCUGUGGUGAGCUGAUUGCUGAGAUUCUGGGAAUUCCUUUUGUGUAUACAUUAAGACUCUCCCUGGGUAGUACAAUGGAGAAAUACUGUGGGCAACUUCCAUCUCCACCUUCCUACGUGCCUGUUGUCAUGGCAGGAUUACCAGACAAAAUGACCUUUCUGCAAAGGGUAAAAAAUCUAAUGUUAACCAUUUUCUUUGACUUCUGGCUCCAACAAUAUGACCCUCAGCUUUGGGACCAGUUUUACAGUGAAGUAUUAGGAAGACCCACUACGCUAUGUGAGACCAUGGGGAAAGCAGAGAUUUGGCUCAUCAGGACAUACUGGGAUUUUGAAUUUCCUCGUCCAUAUUUACCAAAUUUUGAGUUUGUAGGUGGACUGCAUUGUAAGCCAGCCAAACCAUUACCUAAGGAAAUGGAAGAAUUUGUUCAAAGUUCAGGUGAAGAUGGUAUUGUGGUAUUUUCUCUGGGGUCAAUGGUCAAAAAUCUCACAGAAGAAAAAGCCAAUCGUAUUGCCUCAGCUCUUGCCCAGAUUCCACAAAAGGUUUUAUGGAGAUACAAAGGAAAGAAGCCUGCCACGUUAGGAGCCAAUACUCGGCUCUAUGAUUGGAUACCACAGAAUGAUCUUCUUGGUCAUCCCAAAGCAAAAGCGUUUAUCACUCAUGGUGGAACCAAUGGAAUCUAUGAAGCUAUCUAUCAUGGAGUGCCUAUGGUGGGAGUCCCAAUGUUUGCUGAUCAGCCUGACAACAUUGCUCACAUGAAGGCCAAAGGAGCGGCUGUGGAAGUGAAUAUAAACACAAUGACAAGUGCAGAUUUGUUUAAUGCCUUGAGAACAGUCAUUAAUGAGCCUUUUUAUAAAGAGAAUGCUAUGCGGUUAAAAAGGAUUCACCAUGAUCAGCCUGUAAAGCCCCUGGACCGAGCAGUCUUCUGGAUCGAGUUCGUCAUGCGCCACAAGGGAGCCAAACACCUGCGGCCAGCAGCCCACAACCUCACCUGGUACCAGUACCACUCUCUGGACGUGAUCGGGUUCCUGCUGGCCUGUGUGGCCACAGCUGUAUUCUUGGUCACAAAAUGUUGUCUGUUUUCUUGUCGAAAAUUUGGUAAAACAGGAAAGAAGAAAAAAAGAGAAUAG